AUGAAAUCUCUGAUAGUUCUGGUACUCCUAUACAGCUUGCUUUUGGUUGAGGGACGCGACGAGUUCAAGGAAAGAAGAGAAUUUCACGAGUGGCUUUGCCGGAAGAGGCCAUCAUUACCUUCUUGUUCCAUGCCUUUUACAACGUCAUCUUACGAGAAAGAGCUGGUUGACCAUCACGAGAAAGGAGGCCCGUUACUGAAAAAGACUGCUGCCCGUGCAUUUGCUGCGAGGAGUGGUGUCAAAAGGGAGACACCAUGGGGCGACUCUAGUGAAGACGAGGAAUACGAGUACUACUUGUGGAAGAAAGUACAGACGAGCAAAAUUACGCAGACGACUCUUGGAGGAGAGCGUUGA